AUGCCCCCAAGAACUCACCAGCUGCUGCCGCAGCAGCAGACAUUGCAGCCCGAUGCCUUCAGUGUUGGCAAGUUGCCCGCUGUGGAUGAGCGGCGCUGGCUGCAGAUGGAGGCGGAGCUUGCCAAGAUACAGCAAGAGAACAUGAGCCUGCACCGGCAAGUCGCCGAGCUGCACGCCAAGGUGCUUCAGGAGCAGGAGCGGGCGGACGCCGCCGCGGAGGCUGCAGCAACUGCUGCCAGUACGGCUGCUGCUACAGCGGCACCGAGCCGUCUGAACUACGGCUCAGAGAGGCCACGGUCGCAGGAACGGGACAUGGUGGAGCCUGGGUCCGCACAGCGAACUAGCGAGGCGGUGAAGCAGCAGCUGUUGGAUAGCAGGGCUGAGCUAGCGGCGGUGGCAUCCAAGGCGGGAGGGAGUAGCCGCGCGGAGACGUUGCUCAUGAGUGAGCUGGAGCAGCAGCGCAAUGUCGCAGUGUCUUUGCGGCGGGAGUUACAAAAGGUGGUGGCCGCCGCGGCCCGCGACAAGGAGGCCCUGUCUCAGGAGGUAAGAGCGGUUUGCGAGCUGGUCCCCAGCGUGGUAGUCCCGGUUCGUCACUGGCAGCUGGCAGCGAACCAGGCGGCCACAGUGGCAGAACGAGCCCAACAAAAGGCAGACCAAGUCCGCCGCCAAGCUCGGGAGCUGGGGUCGCUGCAGCAGCAAUUGGCCGCAGUGAGGACCUCCCUGGAGCAGCGGACCGCACAGCUGGAGAAACUGGAUGCCGCGCUGCUGCAGCCGCUGCUGGCCUGGCACAUGGAGACGGACCCGGCGGUGGGCCCGGCGUUGGUGGCAGGCAUGGGCGUAGUGACCCGCGGGUCACGUGGGGGUUCGCCGGGGGGAGGGCGCACCGGUGCAGGCCUGGCGCGCGGUGGUAACGGCGGGAACACGUUGGGCAAGGGCCAGCAGGUCGCGGUGGGAGGAGGGGCCACACAUGGGGAUGCGGACGCAGCCACGGACCACCAGAUCCGGGCUGUGGUGUCCGCUUUCGAGGUGCUACGUGCGGCGGCCCAGCAGGCGAGGUGCAUUAGAGAGCAGCUGCAGGCGGCCCUGGACGCCAAGGCGGAGCUGCGGGAGGCCCUGGCGGCUGAGAGAGCGAGCUCGGAGGUUCAGGAGCUGGCAGCUGAGCUAAACCACGUGAGGCUGGAGUCGGCGCAGACGUUAAAGGCGGCAGCGGACGAAGCUGAGCAGCGCGCGGCGGCUGCCUUUGAGCACGGCCGGCAGGCGGGCGACCGGCAGGCGGCGGUGGCGGUGGCAGCGCUGCACGGGGAGCUGGCGGAGCACGAACGGGCCCUCCAGCGCGAGGGGGAGCUGCGGGAGCUAGCAGUGGCGGAGGCGCGCCGGGCUGGGGAGCUGGCGAUCGCGCAGGUGAGGAAGGAUGCCGAAGCAGCGGCGGCGCAGGCACGGCUGGAGGCGGCGGCGGCGGCGGCGGCGCAGACGCGGCGCGAGUGCGAGGCGGCGGCAGAAGAAGCGAGGCGGGAAGGCGAGGCGGCGCUGCAGCAGGCUCGGAGGGAGUGGGAGCGGGCGUUAGAUGAAGCAAGGAGGCAUGCUGAGGCCGCUGAGGAGGCCGUACGGCGGGAGGCGGCGGAGGCGAGAGGGGAGCGCGAGGCGGAGCUGCAGCGGAUAGCGGAUGAGGCUCAGCGCCAUGCGGGGCUCCUGGAGGAGCAAUUGCAGCGCACCGAGGAGAGGGCGGCGGAGGCGCUAACCAAGUGCGAGCAGUACCUUGCGCAGGUGUACGAGCUGACGCAGGAGCUCCAGCAGGUACGACAAGAUCUGGCUGACAAGGAUGCUCAGGCAGAAGCGGCGGCCAAGGAACACGACGCGGCAACAGCGGAGCUCGAAGCGCGGCUGUGCGAGUGCAUCCAACGACUGUCAGCGCAGGCGGAGCAGCAGGAGGAGUACAUCCACAAUCGAGACGAGGAGCGGACUCGCUCCCUGGACACCCUCCGCUCCAGUCUGGCCCACGUGUGCGAGGAGCGUGACGGCCUGCAGUCCGAGUGUGUGGUGCUGCGGUCGCAGCUCAGUGCGAUCCAGGCGGCGGCAGCGGGGGUGGAGAUGGAGAUGGAGGCGCUGAGCAGCGCGCUUGAAGCGCAAAAGGCUGCCCGCAGCGCCGCGGAGGCGGCUGCGGACGAGGCCCGUCGGUCCGCUGCCGCCGCGACGACGGCAGCUGAGGAAUCUGUGGCGCGGGUGGCGGUGCUGGCGCAGCAGCUGCAGGAGGUGACUCUGACGCACGAGCGGGAGAUGCACUUACUGGAGGCCCGCUACGCCGCCGAGCUAGACUCUGCUCAGGCCCGCUUCCACACGGAGUUGGAGGCGCUACACACUCGACUGAAGAUGCUACGGCUGAAGCAGAGCCGCGUUAUGGCCUAUGUGGAUGAUGUGUUCAUGCCCGACGAGGAACAGCAGCAACAGCAGCAACAACAAGCCCAGCAACAAGAAGCCCAGCAAGGCUUUGUGCAAGGACAGCGCCAACAACACCAGCUGCAACUGCUGCAACAUGAGCAACCCUUUGAGCAGCAUUACUGGCAGUACCUCCAACAAGAGCAACAGCAACUGAUGCACGACCGGGACCAGACACCACGGUGGAGCCGGGAAAUGCAAGGGGAGCGGAGGACUGAAGAGGCGUUGCUGGCCGGGGCAGGCGUAAGUGGCAGGGCCAGCUGGGGCCAGCAGGAUGGCCUCUGGGGCUGGCAGCAGCAGUCAGCGAUGGGGACGACGGCGGGAGAUGGUGUGCCUACAGAUGAUGUGAGCAGAGAAGGGGCGGAAGAGGAGUGACGGGUAGAAGUGCCUGGGCCUGGGGGCCCGCUUGUUGGCGACAGCGACCGUGGCGUCGGUCGGAUAUUCCACGAAGGUUGGCGGGCCAGCGGAGGAUGUCUGUACGGCGUCGGUCAGGACGAGCGCAUCCAGGGCACUGCACUAUGUGCAACGUAAGCGCAUUAGCUGGGAUUCGAGGCUUGAGGGUUGGGUGUAUAUAUUACAGCAUGGCCACGUGCCUGUCGUUCAAAAACAUCGAGCGAUGCGAGCCUCAACGCAGACUUGUGCCUUUUGCAUUUACAUAAAGAGCAAGUAAGCAUUUCGGAGGGAGCAUUCCCAUUACACGGUGGCAGGGCAGAUGUCCUCACACCGAGGGUGGCUCCGGCGUCAUGAAACUUCUCGAACCUGCCCAAACAACAACAAAGGCCUUUUCCCAAUGUAGUGUCUUUUCUUAGUCUUGUUCUCGUUCGUGCGCCGGCGUGCGGAGCGUUAAGACAUGUGUGUGUGUGAGGGAGAGAGGACUUUGGCAGAUAGCCCGUUGGAGUCCCAUCCCACCACAGGGAAAAGUGCCAUCAUGGGCGUGAGCAUCUGCUGGUAAGGCCCGGCAAGUUGUUAGAGCGAACAGUGCGCGUGGCAUGUAGCCUUUCCACUUCUUGCUACAUUGCGUUGUGGGGUACCCAGAGCACAAUCUGUACGGAGCAGGACGUACGUGUUACAACUCAAUAACUAACGCUAGUUGACAUAUAUCUCGAAUGCGUUGAUUAUCGCCUUUAGAAACACCGGCUGUGCAUAUGGCAUCUGGCAGCGACAUAAAUGUCUAAUCAACGGUGCAAAAUACUGCCGUAGCUAUCGACAAGCUAACGAGCAUCAAUCACGUCAGUACCUCCACGGGAAACGCCCGUGCGUAUUUGUUAUACAAAAGUGCCUUGAACCAGACGUAAACAGCGCCCAUCCAGCUCAGCCCCAACAUGUUCCUCACGUCCCUUCUCGCAGAAGAAAACACAUACAAACACUGCCACGGCCACACACGAUCUAAUGCACCAGCCUCUUUUCGUUACCCAAGCCAAUGCUAUGCAAGGGGGUCAAGUGGGAACAUGCGACUGCCGAGCUGACCGAGAUGAAGUCCGGUACAUCACGCACCAAUGAUCUUCCAUUCAGCACCCUUCAACCCCCACCCAAACGUGUUUAGGCUUCUCGCGCGCACAUCCCUCUCUUACGACAUUAGGCGUCUUUGACAAUACUGUCUAUUCUCUCCGGCAAACCUUUUCCUAACCCUCACCAAUCCCUUCCCAUUUUGCAGCCCCAGCUCCACAACCACAAUCCACAGUCUACACCCCUUCCCCGAUCCGACCCCAUGGCGCCCCAGCCCCACAACCCAACCUAUUCGUCAUGACCUCUUCCUUCCCAUUUCCCUUCA